UCUUAUGGUUAUUUACGUCUCCCUUUUCCAGUAUAAUUAAGAUGCAGAAAAGAAAGAGGCAGGAGAAGAUUGACAGCUUUUUCAAGAGAAAUCCUGAGAGGAAGUUGCUGGAGGCAUCAGUUUCAGAGAGAGCACAGGAAGGUUCAGAGGGUGUAUGUGAGGUUGUGGCCAGGAUUCAGGAAGACAGAGAUGAAGAGGGACAAAAAGGCAGACACGAAGCAGACAGACAAGAAGCAGACAGACAAGAAGCAGACAGACACGAGGCGGGCAGACACGAAGCAGGAAGACACGAAGCGGGCAGACAAGAAGCAGGCAGACAAGAAGCAGACAGACAAGAAGCAGGCAGACAGGAAGAGCAGAGUGAGGGAGAGGUCAGAGAGGAUAAGGAUGAAGAUGAAAUGGUAGAGAGAAGAGCAGAGAACUCAGACGUGGAUGUCACUCGCCAUCAGUUCAGUAAGCCCAAUCAACCAGAUCCAAAAUUAAUUGCUAAACAGUCCUUGCCUAAAUAUACUCUUAGUUUUCAAACUCAGUGGUACCAGAAAUGUCCAUGGCUCCAUGUGAGUCCUGGUGUUGAGGGUGUAUUGUGCUUUUACUGCUCCAAAGCCUUUAACUCAGAGACAUCACCUCUUGCCAAGAAUGCUGAUUCAGCAUUCAUUUCAUCUGGGUUUAAAAAUUGGAAAAAAGCCCUUGAGCGAUUUACUGUGCAUGAGAGAUCUGAAAGUCAUAAAACAGCCAUGACUACUCACAUCUAUGAAGAUCGAUCAGUACAGGUUCAGCUAUCUAGAGUGAGUGUGAAACAGCAAGAAGAAGCAAGAGGAUGUCUUCUCAAAAUCAUUGGUGCUGUGCAGAUGUUGGCUAGGCAGGGCUUACCUUUUAGGGGCCAUGAAUGUGGUGAGGGAAAUUUUGAACAGGUUCUGAAGUACAAAUCAGAGGAUGACCCCUCUCUAACCAAGUGGUUGACAUGUGGUAGAAAGGUUGUUUAG